AUGACCUCGGCGCAGCGCACGUCGGGGCACCCCCGUCAGGACAAGCCUCUGGCGACCGCGACUGCUCGACUGAAGCAACGACGCGAGAAGCGCGAGGAGGACGCGGCGCAGGUCGAGCUUGAGGCGGUCAGGAGGGAGCUCGAGGAGGUGAGGAAGAGGUUACACCAGUUGCUCGUCGACAAGGGCGGCGGAAGUGGGGCCAUCAAGGUGCUACAGAAGGAAGUGGGCGAAUUGAGGGCCAAGGUCGACGAGCUUGUGGCGACUCUUCUCACCGCCAACGCAGAACGCGACGAGUUUGCCGACCUGCUCGAAGUGGCUCAGGCGAAGGAGGCGGAGCACGAACGGAGGAAGGAGGCGCUUGAUCGUCUCGAGCACGAGCUGGAGCAGGCCCGGCAAGAGACGGCCGCGACGAAGCAGAUUGUGGCGCUGAAGGAGGAGGCGAUUCGCGCGCUCAAGAGCCAGGUCGAGGCAAAGCAGCGGGCGAAGCAGGAACUCGGCUCGCGAGCAGGAGACGACUACUUCCGAGGAGGCGCAUCGAUUCACUCGCUCAACAACCUUGACCUCUCGACACUCGCUGCCGGUCCGCGCCUCGCCCUCGUUGGCCGACAAAUCUGGUCCGUCUUCGACCCGGAGCACUUCACCCGCAAUGCCGUCGAUGAGCACUACUACGACCCGCGACUCGGCCGCACCAAGUCUCGGGUCGUCGAGCCACUCGUCCCGCAGGUCGGCAAGAGUGUGCGCAUGCCCGCCGUCUUCGAGCAGCUCGUCGAGUCGCAGCCUCUCCCGCCCACCGAGCUCCUCAAGCGCCCGGACUGGCUCAAGGAGGUCAGGCGCCAGCCGCUCGUCUACUCGCGCUCGCCGGUCGAGGUCGUCGAUGGUCCGGUUCGAACGAGGCGUGGUCUGCCCAUCUCGUGGCCGCGGCUUGACAAGCGGGAAGGCCAAAUGGGCGUCAGGUCGCUCUUGAAGAGGACGGACCCGCUCAAGCUGCAUCAGGCGGGUGUCGCUCUCGGCGGCAACGCCAUCGCCGGCGGACUCGUCGUCGCUCCCGCUCCGGCGAACUACCCUCAACCGUUCGCCGAAGCAACGUUCAAGUACCAUUGGCAUCGCACGCGCCAGCUCCAGCGACAGUCGAAUCAGGCGAUGAGCAGGAUCAACAAUCGCUUCUCGGACGAACUCGCCUCGCCAACACCGGCUGGUCCGACUGCAGGCGCACCCGGCAGCUUCUAUUCCCUCCAGCACAAAGGGACAGUCGCAGCUCUCGCCCACCUCACCUCGUCGAGCCCGAUCGUCUCGGAGCAGCGCGCAAAGGCCAAGAUCACGAAGACCGCCGAGACGGCGAGCGCAGCGGCGCAGUUCGUCUCGCUCCUCCUCGGCAAGCCCGCACCCGCCAUACCCUCGGCCGGCGACGGCGACGGCAGGGCUGCCAUCGUCUACGUCGACGACACGCCGGGCAAGGGCGGCUUCGUUCGCGGGCCAAAGUCGCAGGCGCCGUUCGUCAGGGCUGCCGACGUCGAGCUCACUCGUCGACGGGUCGAACACCUCAUGCCGGUCGUGCCGUCCAAGUACACGGGCGAGCGGUGCCCGAAUCCCAAGUGUGUCGACAGCGGCUUGCGUUCGAUCAUCAGUCCUCCUACGUACGAGGAUGGGACGAAGGAGACGCGGCUCGGCGAGUGCGAAGUCUGCGGGCUGAUUGCCGCGAGGGAGGCAGUUUUGGGUGCGAACCUGAUUACGAGAGGGCAUUGCUCCGAAGUGCGCGAGAAGCGGCUCGUCAAGGAACAGGCGGCCUGCGAUGGCAAGCAGCAGGAGCAAGAGCAGAUCAAGCAGAGCGUGACUCCCCCGAAGCAGCCGCAUUCGGUCAGCCCUUCGCUGGGAGACUCUACUCUAGCUUCAACGGUGACAGUCACUUCCGACUUUUUCGACGGCCCGAAGGCUCUGCUCGCCGCUACGGAUGGAAGGCUCGGCGCGGACGGAGUUCGCCAGCUCAAGAGCGACUUCGUUAUCGCGGAACGCUACCUCACUCGCUACUACCAUCUUCUCGACGCUCUCGCUCUCAGCGACCGCGACGUCACGAACCUCCUCCUCGCGCCAGAGACCGUGCGCCACUGCAUCGCCGAACUUCCCGCCAAAUCGCUCAUCGACUUCGUCCACAAGUCGGCCAAGAGCCGCUUGCCCGUCUCUCCGGACGCCGAGGACCGGGCGCGCAAAUACUGCAGGCUACUGAAGAAGGCAGAGCGGGACCUCGAGACGGCCAAGCAGCGUCUGGCGAACAGGUCUCCGAACCCGGUGCAGGGCCUGGAUCGGCUGGAGAGCCGCGAGGAGGUCGAGAGGCUACGGGCGGCGGUCUCGCAGAAGAAUGAGGAGAUCUCGGAGCUCGCAAGGGACUUCGAGGACCAUUCGAAGCAGGGUGAGGCGCAGGUCGACGAUCUGCAGGAGCGUCUCGAACAGGCGACGGCGGAGCUCGAGCUCGUCCGCACGGGUGCUACCAGAAGCAACAAGACCACCGAGAAUGGCGACAAAGCUGCCUUCCCCAUCUCUUCCAGCUUCCCCUUCGACGAGGCCGCCGCCACCCUCGACCACGUUGGUACGCUAUUGCCUCGCCUGGCGCAGAUUAUCGAAGAGCUUGAGGAGGAAAACGAGGACUUGCGCGAGGACGCCGCUUUUCUCAUGGCACGACAGACUUUGCAGGCGUAG